AUUUCUUUUCUCCAGAAGGAUCAGGCAUCUGAGAUAUAUGUUGCAUUGAUACUAGUUAAUCAGAUCAGGUUACUUUGAACAAAGAUGGCUGGCUUUUUUUGCAAAUGUUAUUAUUAUUUGUUUUCUAUAAAGUAGUUGUUUCCUAAUUCCCUUCAUGUGAGGGAAUUAUUUUCUGUACAUUGUGUGAAAUUGUGCUUUACUUAUGAUACAAUUUGUUUCAAAGCUCACUGUGUGCGAUGCUGAUAUAAAACCUCCUACUCCAAAAAAAGGAGUACAAAGGAUUAAAGUUAAACCAGCUGCAACAGUAUACAACUUUGUUACAUCAGAAGAAGAGGAAGAAGAGCCUAAAGGAGAUGAAAAUGACAAGCCACAGAGUCAUUCUUCUGGGACUGGCAAUUCAAAUGGAACCAAGACAGUACCAGAACAAGUAAAUGGGGAUUCCAAGACAGAACCUCAAUUUCAGUUCACUGUAAGUACCUGUGACACAGAAGCUGCUACUCCAGAUAAAGGAGUAGAAACAAUUAAAGUGCAAGAAGCCACAACAGUACUAAAGUCGGUAUCCAUAUCAAAGGAAGAGCAAGAAGAGCUUAAAGGAAGUGAAAAUAACCACCCACAGAAAGCAAAACCUGGGGUCACCAUCUUCAUCAUGAUUUUUAUUUUCAUUACUAUAAUGUGUAGAGAAGAAAACGUACAAAAUUUAUCAGAGAAUCUUACCAAGGAGGAUCUUGGUUGUUCUUCUGGGAGUGGCAAUUCAAAUGGAACCAAGACAGUACCCAAACAAGUAAAGGGGUCUUUUAAGAAACAUCCAUUGAAGGCUAUUCAGAGCACUAUUAACAUGACAGUUUCCAGUCUGAAGAAAGCAGUAGGAAGGAAGAAUGUGAAAAUAUCCAGGUCAGCAAAACAAGACUUUAUGGUAAUAUCAGAGGAAAAAGAAGAAAAGCAGGAUGGAAGCAAAAAUAAUCAUCCACAGGGUUUUCUGAGAAACAUUGCCAGUUGAAGUCCACUCAGCAUACCAUUAAGAUGGAAGUUUCCCAUGGCAAGAAAGCAGUAAAACAGAAAAAUGUGCAACUGUCCAGAUCAG